UCCUCCAAUCCCGCAGCACUUGCUCCUGCUUGCGGUCGCAUCUCCCAGACUGAGCCCCAUUAACGCGGAGAAGCUGGAUUCGUUUGUUGUUCAUUCAUCCUCUGCGUGUUUUCCGCUUCACGUCGCUCGGUUUAUGUUGCAGCUCAUCUCUCUGGUGCUUGGUGGAGUAUUCCUCUGCUGGGUUUCGGCUCCAUAUUUGCUGUAGUUGUGGACCGUCAGAGAUCAGGGAUCCAGCAGCAGCAGCGGCUCCAGCCACGUUAAGACCUCCGGGCUUUAAGGAUCAGGUUUUUAUUUAUAAACGCUUACAUAAUCAGGUAAAGCAGUGGUGUUUUACGCUGCUUCUGCUGGCUGCGCGCUGCUGUUAAGUGAAGUUUAUCUUGAAAUAUUAUUCUGCUGUCGCAAGACAUUUCUCCGCCCGAGUUCAUGCCAGAUCUGCAGCGCUUUAGUUUUAAAUACCAUAGCAUGAAUCCUUUGUUGGGGGCCAACACGCAUCUCCAGCAGCACCCCCAGCAGAGCCAGGCCCCCGGACACCCGGACUCCCCCUCCGUCCUCCUUCCCGAAGCCGCGUUCGGCGCACCGGACCCGGCCUCUCUUCUCCUGGGUGAUCAGGCCGCCCCGGGGCCCGAUCAGCCGGGACAUCCGCAGACCUCCUCUUACCUCCACCACACCCACAGCGGCCCCUACCAGCACCGCGCAGCCCCGCAGCAGCAGCAGCAGCAGCAGCAGCAGCAGCCGCACCCCCCUGCAGCCAUGGCCCUUAGGAACGACCUGGGCUCCAACAUCAGCGUCCUCAAGACCCUCAACCUGCGGUUCCGAUGCUUUCUGGCCAAAGUGCACGAACUGGAGCGCAGGAAUAAGAUACUGGAGAAGCAGCUGCAGCAGGCGCUGGAUGCCAACAAGGGCUGUCAGAGUGGAUGCUGUGAGAACAAGCUGCACACCCAGGAGGCCGGGGUGCAGACCGGGUUUGUAGGGACCAUCCCGCUCAGGCCGGGCUCUCUUCCCUUCCACAACACCAACAACUCAGCAAGGAGGCCCACAAGCCUGUUCCCACCUUCAUUUGCAACAACCUACCUACCAGCAGGCUCUGAAAACUCCAGCUCAACCCAAACCAAUGGCACCUGUAACCCAGCCAUCACCAUCAGCCAGGCCUCGCCGUGUGUGGACUCUCCAGGGUCGAAUAAAAUAACCCAAAGCUGCUCCACCAACCCUCCUCCACGGUUCCUCCCGGGGACCAUCUGGUCUUACAACCACACUCGUAAGUUUGGCCCCGGGGCAGAGCGCCUGCCAAGCCCCGGGGUGUCCUGGAUGCACCCGGAUGGAGUCGGGGUCCAGAUCGACACCAUCACCCCUGAGAUUCGAGCGCUCUACAACGUCCUGGCCAAGGUGAAGCGCGAGAGAGACGAGUACAAACGCAGAUGGGAGGAAGAAUACACCAUGAGGAUGGACCUGCAGCAGAAGAUUGCAGAUCUUCAAGAGGACCUGCAGGAGAGUGAAGGUUGUCAGGACGAGCUGGCUCUCAGGGUGCAGCAGCUCAAGGCGGAGCUGGUUCUCUUCAAAGGCCUCAUGAGCAAUAAUUUGUCUGAUUUGGACACCAAAAUCCAGGAGAAAGCCAUGAAAGUGGACAUGGACAUCUGCAGACGAAUCGACAUCACUGCUCGACUGUGUGAUGUCGCGCAGCAGAGGAACUGUGAAGACGUGAUCCAAAUGUACCAGGUUCCAAACAGCCAAUCAUCUCUGAGUAUCCGGCGCAAGCCGACGCCCCUCUCCUUUAACGGGAGUGAAUGUGAUGAACCCGUCAGCACCUCCGAAGGCGAAGUGGGCGUGGCUAAAGAAGAGGAGCACUUUGGAUCUUCAGCCAAUCAGAUCAAUGAGGAGAUGCAGAGGAUGCUGACUCAGCUACGCGAAUGUGAGUUUGAGGAUGACUGUGAUAGUCUGGCCUGGGAGGAGACUGAGGAGACUCUGCUUCUUUGGGAGGAUUUCCCAGGAUGCACUCUGCCUCCAGAUCCGACCCAUCCCCCAGGAGAGGAGGAGGACUGUCUGGAAAAGGUGAUUAAUGACACAGAGUGUCUGUUCAAGUCCCGCGAGAAGGAAUACCAAGAGACAAUUGACCAGAUUGAGCUGGAAUUGGCCACAGCCAAGAGCGACAUGAACCGACACCUGCAUGAGUACAUGGAGAUGUGCUCGAUGAAGAGAGGCCUGGAUGUUCAGAUGGAGACCUGCAGGAGGCUCAUCACUCAGAGUGGAGACAGUAAUCCCGUUGUACCGUCAGAGGAGAGCGACCAGAGAGACACCGACAGAUCUUCCUGCUCUCCGCCCUCUUCGUCGAGCAAUGGGAGAUCUUGACACUUCGUCACUCGGCCGUUGAAAGACGCUGCGUUCAUAUGACCUCUGCGACAAACUGCAACAGUACCACACCGUAUACAUGUGAAACUACGGCAACACCGUGUUUACAUUUGAGGAAAUCCAUUGAAGAUAUUCUAUAAUUAAUUGAUGAUGUGUUGCCCGUACAGAUUAGUCUGAGGGGAACCUACAAAUCAGACUGAUUGAUUUCAGACUUUAAGAAAGUUAAGAUCCUGAACUGAUUGUCAGAAAAACAAGCUGCUGUUAAUUAUUGUGAUGCAGGGAGGUAACAAAAACUAUAAACUAACUUAUUUAAUCUUCAAAUCAUCAUACAUUUCAUCAGUGAUGAUAUAUGAGCAAUAUUUAAAACUCUUAUCCUCAGUAAAGUUUCUAUAAAAACUGUAAUGUUCACUCCUUGUGUAUUUACAGUCUUUUUGCCCAUAAAUAUCCAGCUGGGGAUAAGGAAAAGAUAACGAGUUGUUUUUCACACCAUCAGGUAGUUUCUAAUCAAUGUUUGUGUUUGAAAUAUAAUUAGAUCCCCUGAGGAACAAUUUAUUUGCCUUCCACACAUCCUGAUGAAUUGAAUCUCACAAGGUAAUUUUGUCAAAUCAAAGAAAUAGAUAAACACAUAAAAGUAUCAAAACAGAGUUUGAGUUUGUGCUGAACGUCAUACAAAACUACAUAAAGUACAUACUCAGUACAUAUCUCAUCCAUCUGGACAGUUUAAAGUGCAGUCACUCUGAAAAAAGUCAUAUAUAUAUUUGGACAUAUUUGUCCACUCAUUAUUUAUAGGCUGUGAAUCAUGUCAUCCUCCCACCCUCCGCUCAGGCUAAAGAUGGCUCCUUUCAGCAAGACAGCUGCAAAGAAUUAACUCGCAACAUCGCUCUUAGUUGCAUGUUGAUAAUUUUGGAGUCAGGCUUUAGGGGAGGAAAUCACACUCUGCUUUCAGAGGACUUUAAGCAAGCGUUAUUGUUAUUGUACAACAGCAGAGCAGCGACAUGAUCACUGAACGUCCCACAUUGUUUCAAAAGAAUCAAGGAGGCAAUGAAAACUGGAUGAUUAAAUUCUCAGGAGGAUUGCCUUUAAGAUACAGUUUAUGGUCUACAGAGGAUGUCAAAGUAAGCAAAAACAAAGGAUUGCCUUGUUUCAUAUAAACACUACACAUCUACAGGAUCUGGCAGGAAUCUACUUUGAAAUCCGCUAGCUUGACUAUUUGGUAGGAAACAAUCUUUACUUCUUCAAACUGAGAUAAUUGAAACUUAUUAAUUAUAAAUCAGGAAUUUAUUGCUCAAAAACCCUGUCCCAAACAAUCUUUGUUUCUCCAAACUCGAGUAGUAGAGUUUUUUCAUUGCAUAUAAGAGAUUAAGAAGAAAAAAACAUGAAUGCAAUAAAUAUUACACAAUGAACUCCUCUUAAGAAUGCUUAAGGUUUGAUGAGCUGGAGAGUAAAUAAACGUGAAACAACUCCUCCUUGGACUUGGUUUUACUCUGAUUAGCUGUUAGCUUUACUCACCUGCAGGCUUCUCAUUGCUCACAGUGUCUCCUCAGAACCCCACUCUAAAUAAUCCACCUCCAUUUUUAAACUUGGAGCUGUUUUGAGGCAACAAAAAUCUAAUUUGAUCCUUUACAAUGCAAUGACUCACUGCUAGCUUUUCACAAAGGUGGACAAAUAUCUGUCAUCUUUUUGUAUUAUUUACAGAAUUUGAUGGUCCAGAAAGCUGCAUGAAAGAUACUGACAGCUAAUUGCAUCUCCACAGAAUUUCACUUUAAAUAAUUCAAACUAUCAGCUUAAGGUUGAAGUUGUUCUGAUCUUUUUCUAACUACUCGUUAGCUGAAAUCAAUGGUGAAAUCUAAUCUCUGUUUUUCCAAAUUUAGGUUGUUUAGAAAACAGCAGGUGAUCUACUGACAGCAAUUAAUAUAUAUUCAGAACCCCAUUUAAAUAAUCCAUGGCAGUGCUUUAAAUUAAUCUCUGGAAGAAAACGUCUAACAUAACAAGCAGCUUGAGCAGCAAAACAAGUGGAAAUCAACAGCAAGCAUCCCCAGACAAGCCUUUAUCCAACUUUUAUGGGGUAAACAGAAGUACUAAACACAAAUAUUGCGCCACUUUAAACACUGAGAGAAAGAAAAUGACAAACUUUCAGUUUAGCCAUGAAGUCUGCAUACAUUACAGCAAUAUUACUCCUAACGCUUGCCUGGAGUUGGGAGUUCAAAACUAAAGAUCACAGACACUGAGCUGUUUGAUGAUGAGUCUUAUUGCAGCUUCCUUAAUAGCUUAGAGUGAGCAGCUUGUUGAAGCAAAGCUGCAUGGUGGAGCAGAACAUAUGUAAAGACAGCAGAGGAACCAAAAUGGUCAUAAAUUCAUGCAAGUUGUUCACCGAGUGCCAAAAUAAAAGUCAAGAUUAUGACUCAUUAGGAAAUAGCUGAGAAAAAAUAAGUGGUUAUACAGUAGCUGUGGAAGCUAUGUCACAAAGGUGCUUGAUGUACACAACUAAACCUAUUUUUGAGCCUAGAAGCGUUUGCACAUAGAAAGGAAGCAAAACUAUAUGAAUCUUAUGAAGCAAUCAGCGCUGCUCCUUGUAAAACAGAUGACACUUGAAAUAGAUUUGUUUCCACUUCCUUGACAUAUUUCAGGUGAACUUAUAACACAUACCUCAUGUUUAAUUUAUGCUUUUUAUGCUGCAUUUGAACACCAAAUGAUACAGGAAAGCAUCACUGGCUACCAUCACUGUCAGGGGGAGUAAACCCCACAUCACUGCUGUACAGUACUAUCAUGAACUCCUUCUAGUUUCUUUCAGUCGCAUUGAACCAGGUGAAAUGUCACAAUUCUCACUUCGGUGCUUUGUUUCGGUGACGAAAGUCGGCAGCUUUCAGCGUUUGCAUGUGAGGCUGUUUGGGUCAGCUGCUUCGAGUGUUUUUUCUGCCAUUUGAAUCCAGAAGAAAGAUGUGAAAUUAUGUGCCGUGUGAGGCCCAGAAGCCAUUUCCUUUUACUUUCAGACACCGAGUGAGUCUCUACUGUAUGCAUGUGCCGUGUGUCUGUUUUUGAGUCUUUCCAGUGGGUGUUUUUAAAACGACUUUUACUGGCGCAGAUGCACAGUGUUGUAGAAAAUGAAACAGAAUUACUAAAGGGUGACAUUUUAGAUUAGACUGUCUUUUGUCUGUGGUCACCAUGAAAUUCAGAAGCAAAUGAGCUAUUUUCCAUUACUAAACUUCCUUUAUGAGUCUAUGUGUUGGCCAAGUAAAGUCAAUUUAAAAACAACUCAAGUUCAGGAAAAUGAACCAGUGAAAAACCAAUGCUUUUGCAAAAUGACUGUACAAUGGCUUUGAAAUAGUAAUAAUGAAAAAAUAGCUUUGAAUAUAUAGAUGAGCUUCGAAGAAGCGGGUCCAGAGUCACACGCCUGAAAUGAAAAUUAACUUGAAAUUUGAAUGAAAAUCUGUUUCGAUUAAAUAUUUGGCAAUCAAAACAUAAAAGUGUUUUUACAAAACAAACAAAAAAAAGCAAACAAAAAAUAACCUUACCUCAAGAGUUUAAUACCAAUUUGUGUCACAUAACAUUUGGAAACUAAUCCUGUGGACUUUUUGGGAAAUUUAAGUUCCCAUUGUGACUUUGUGUCAAAAUAAAAUAUUUUUUUGGCUUAGAAGCUUUUCUGCAGAGCUAAAGUAUGUAAUGUAAGUAAAGAGAGACUGAAUGAAUAAAAGAUACAACUGAUGAUCAACA